CUGGCAAACAACAAACAUAAACGAAGAAGAUAGAAAAACAUACGUAUUUGAAGUGGAUCCAGAGAAUAAAGAAAUUACAAAUUUUUAUCGACGGCAAUCAUUUAAAAUUUUUUUGUACAAUUUUUUAUAUUUAUAAAAGUUUUUAAGAUUCAAAAACAACUAUGAAUCCACAGGGAUAUGCACAACAACCACCGUAUCCCAGUCAGCCGGGUUAUGAACCUGGUCCACCACCACCAACUCAACCCUAUGGCUGGAAACCAAACCCUCCCGCCGAUAAUAUACCUUCGCCAGCCAGUGGCGGUUUCAUAGAUCCAGAGGAUUUACAACCUAAGAAUUUUUCAUUCAAUGAAGCCAGUGUACGCAAGGGUUUCUUACGUAAAGUCUACCUCAUUUUAAUGGGUCAAUUACUUUUCACAUUUGGUGUAGUGGCUCUAUUUUUAUUCCAUGAACCAACAUUGAAAUUUUCCCAAAGAAACCCAGGCCUAGUAUUGGCAGCUUGUAUUAUUACAUUGGUGGUUGUAGUGGCUAUGGCCUGUUGUGAGUCAGCACGUCGUACAUUCCCCACUAAUUUUAUAUGUUUAAGUAUAUUCACGGCGGCCGAAUCAUUCCUAGUUGGUGCCAUAGCUGGUCGUUAUAAUGCAGAAUCGGUAUUUUUGGCUGUUGGCAUUACGGCCAUACUCUGUUUAGCCUUGACUCUAUUCGCAUUUCAAACAAAAUAUGAUUUUACUGCCUGUGGUGGUUUUCUUCUAGCUGCCAUGGUUAUUCUCUUGAUAUUUGGUAUUGUAGGCAUGUUUUGGCGUGCUCAUAUUAUUCAAACUAUUUAUGCCGGCUGUGGUGCUCUUUUGGCCUGUAUUUUCCUUAUCUAUGACACACAAAUUAUGAUGGGUGGUGAUCACAAGUACAGCAUUAGUCCUGAGGAGUAUAUAUUUGCUGCCUUGAAUCUUUACAUGGAUGUUGUACGCAUUUUCUUGUUUAUUUUACAAUUAAUUGGCAAUAGAAAUAAUUAAUGGAAACAUUCUAAAAAGCAUUCCAAUGAUUUGUCAGUUAAUCAACAUAAAUGAUUAUGGAAUUGAUUAACUAUUAUUAAUUACAGUAAGCUGGGUUGGCAAAUAACAAUUUGAUAUUACUACUGAUUUACUAACAUUAAACCCACUGUACUAUUGAGAAUCUAAAGUUUUCUUUAUUUUAUUAUAAUACAUUUAUGUAUGUUUUUUUUUAAAAUGUUUGUAUUUAAUUUUUUGUAAAACCAUGAAUUUAUAUAUGAAAGUUUUUUUUUCUAAUUUAAGUUUUUUUUGCGUCUCAAAUAUUUAAAUAUUAUCUAUCCUAUGUCAUAAUUAUUGUCUUACUUAUUGAGUAAUUUGAGUAUAAAUACUAUUCUCUAUAUAUUCAUAAACGACUAAUAAAGUUAUUGAUGGUUUAUUAAAGAAAAAGUGUUUAUUAAGCAAAUAAAUCAUUCAUAACUUAAUGAAUUUUAGGAGUAUAUGAAUAAGAAUUUAAUUGUAAAUUAAAGUUGUUUACUAGUAACAAUAAUAAUUACCCGAAUUUUUAAAAAUAA